AUGGUGUGGACUCUACUUGCUAUUGCUGCUAAACGUGAUUGGGUUGUUCACUGUCUUGAUGUCAAUAAUGCGUUCUUGCAUGGUGAUGACUUGCAAAAGAUACAAGAAAUGAAGGAGCAUUUGGAUAAAAGAUUUAGUCUAAAGGACUUGGGAAAAUUGAACUUUGCAAGUUACAGGGUAAAUGAUGAUGUCGCGUUGGCGGAUGCUACACGGUACAAGCAAAUACUAGGUCAACUUCAAUAUUUAACAAUCACUCGCCUAGACAUUGCAUGUGCUGUGAACCUCUUGAGCCAACUUGCGGCUUCCCCAGAACAUGUACAUAUGGUUGCUGCUGAGAUAAUAUUGCAUUAUCUCAAGUGCACACCAGGACAAGGAAUUGUGCUCGCGUCAAAGGGAUCAUUAGAACUUGAAGCCUAG